CCCGCCCGCGUCCCCGCCCGUCCGGGGCGGGCCCGGCCGUGACGCGCUCCCGGUUCCUGCGGCGAUGCCGGGGGAGGCGGUCACGCUGCAGCUCGGGCACUACUCGGGCUGCGUGGGCGCGCACUGGUGGGGGCUGCAGGCCGCCGCGCUGCGCAGCCCCCCCGAGCCCGCCGAGCUCCGCGCGGCCGCGCUGCUCCGCUCCGGGCCGGGCCCGAACGAGACCCCCACGCCGCGCCUGGUGGCGCUGGAGCUCAAAGGCGGCGUGGGUCCGCUCGGAGCCGGCGGGGCGGGCGCGGAGCCGCCGCUGAUCUGGGACGGGGCCGUGGCCGAUUACCGGGACCGCGCGGACACCGGGAGCGGCGGGGUGAGCGCGGGCCCAGCACCGCUCCGUGCCCCGGACACCAGCGGGGAGCAGCGCCCCGUAACCGGGACUGUUCCCGCAGGGAGACGCUACCGGGAGCAGGAGCCCGGUGCUGCCAGGCCAGCUCCUGCAGGGUCCCAGGACGCUCCCUCCGUGCGCCUCUGGUCCGAUUAUCUCAGCGUGCCCCUGCACCCCGAGAGCCUCUGCGUGAUCCGGCAGUACCUGCACGAUGGGGAUUGUGGUUGUCUCGAAGCCUUUGGGCAAGGUGAAAGUCUCCUGCAGGACCCUGCCUGUGUGGAGGAGCUGGAAGAUCGGCUGCACUUCUUUGUUGAGGAGUGUGAUUACCUUCAGGGAUUUCAGGUCCUCUGUGACCUUCACAAUGGAUUCUCUGGAGUUGGUGCCAAGGUGACAGAGCUGCUCCACGAUGAAUAUUCACGGAAAGGGAUCCUGACCUGGGGCCUGACCCCAGUCCUGAGUGGAGGAGACCCUCGGAAGAGUUUUUACAGACUGAUGAACACAGCCCUGGGCAUUGCCCACCUCUCUCGUCACAGCUCUCUCUUCUGCCCUCUCUCACUCAGUGGGAGUUUGGGAAUCAAGCCAGAACCUCCUGUGACAUUUCCAUACAUAAAAUAUGAGCCAUCCCUGAACUACCACAGCAGCGCGAUCUUGGCAGCAGCACUGGACACGCUGACGGCUCCCUACCGCCUCUGGUCCUGCCAGGGCUCCAUGGUGCACUUUGCUGACUCCCUCACCUUCUCUGGGAGGAAGGUCGUGGCAGCGUGGGCGGCUCUUCCCUUCCCCGCCGUGUCCGGCUCCUCGCUCCCCGAUCUCCUCAGUGCCCACCAGGACGUGCCCUGGACGCUUCUGUCGUCGUGUGGGGAGCAAAAGGGCGGCUGCUGUUUUGCUCAGUCUGUUGUGCUACGAGGAAUUUGCCAAGAGAAACCCACCAGCAGCUGCCCGGGCCAGCCCCGGUCCCCCCUGCACGGCUGUGAGAGCCCCGAGGAGAUGCUCCAGCAGUUCCUCCACACCCAAUUUCCAGGAGCCUUCAGCACAUCCCACGUGCUCCAGCAGCCCUGUGACACCCGGCCUCCCUUCCCCCAGUUCUUCUCUCCUCUGCUGAGCAGACGAGGCUUCCUCCUGGACAGAGCUCAGGGCUAUUCCUCAGGAGGAGUUGAGAGCGUCCCCGUGCUGGCAGCCCUGCAGAGCUGCCCCGCGCUGCGCCCGCUGCUGGCGGGGCUGUGCCGGGAGCUGCGCUCGCCCCACGCGCGGCGCUGCGGCAGCUCCUGCACGGCUGGUGUGGAGCAGGACGACUUCCAGGAGGCCCUGGAGGAGCUCAGAACCCUGGCCCAGUGCUACGAGACGGGGUUUGGAGGGUCUGAGGAUGAAGCAGACUCGGACUGACCCACCUUUAUUCCCAGGGGAAGUGAGGGUGGCUUUAGGAUCACGCCUGAAAUGAAGGGAAUGGUUUUGGAGACCAUUGUGCUGCUUUCUUCUCAUUUCACCAAAAAUCUUCCUUCUGGACUGAGUUCUCCAGCUAUUUACAGUUGUGUUGCAAAGGAGGAAAGUUGUUUUUUUGGGGGCUGAUUUUAUAUAUUUUGGUUGGGUUUUUACGACUGUGCAAAGGGGAUUUGCUCUGCCCGUUCAAAUAAACCCACACAAUAAAUAGCGAAUUCAGACUGUCACUAUCUCACAUAGCUCCAGAGAAGGAGCUUGACCUGGGGGAGGGGAUUACAUCCCUAAUUGAUGCUUGUCCUCCUAAUUGAUGCUUUUUUAUCAAUUAUGCUAAUUUCCUAAAACCCAUAAAAUGUCCUCACCCCUGUGGGAGGGGUGGGCUUUUGUUACAUCUUUCCAUAACUGCUCCUGAAGGCCUUCAAAUAAAGAUCCCCUUUUAUAUUGCCUUCUUACUAAAA